AUGUUUGUUUACUUUAGCAAGCGUGUGGCUAUACCGACAAGCAAUGUGAUCACAUCCAUUGCGUGGAACGAGGAGCAAGGUUGGCUUGCGUGUGGUGGAAAAGGUGGACUGCUCAAAGUACUGAAGAUUGAUAACGGUGCUGGACAGAAGGGCGGCCUCACGAUGAAUCAAACACUUGAAGGACAUACCGCAGAUGUCUCUGUCGUGGCGUGGAACCACCAGUACCGCAAACUCACUUCCAGUGAUGAAAAGGGACAGAUCAUUGUAUGGAUGCUUCACAAAGGAAUGUGGCUCGAAGAGAUGAUUAACAACCGUAAUAAGAGUACUGUGCGAGAUCUUUCAUGGAAUACAGAUGGUACAAAGGUUUGUAUCAUUUACGAGGAUGGUGCUGUUAUUGUUGGCGGUGUGGACGGCAAUCGACUAUGGGGAAAAGAUCUAAAAAAUGAACUUGCAAAAGUGACAUGGAGUCCUGAUGAUCGGUGCAUUCUCUUUGGAACAAAGAAUGGUGAGGUCCACGUACACGACAGUAGUAGUGGAGUCUUUAUGAAUCGCGUCAGCAUUACGUGUCAGACGGAUGAAGCACCUCUUGCAGGUCUCUCGUGGCAUCCUGCGUGGGUGGAUAGACCAUCGCCUCUCGCUAUGCUCGCUGUCUGCUACAAGUCUGGUAGAAUGCAAUUGAUGCAUGGUACUGGUGAUGCGCAUCCGUAUAUUGUUGAUACUGGAAUUCCUGUUUCCUGUAUUUCGUGGAAUCCACAGGGAACAACACUGGCUGUGUGCGGUGUUACAUCUACAUCAUCAGCAACAAAUUCCACCAGUGGGGCUGCUGCUGCUGGAGGAGGAGAGUCAGUACCUCCAUCGACAUCAACUUCAGUGGUAGUGGUACAGUUUUUUAAUGCAGAAGGGAUUCAUUUGCGUUCGCUGCGUGUUAACGGUAAUCAUUGCGGUGGUGUCACAUGGGAAGGUGAUGGUCUACGUGUUGCUAUUGCCAUUGACGCUGCACUUUACUUUGCCAAUGUGCGACCAGACUAUAAGUAUACCUACUUCAACAAGACAGUUGUUUUUGCAUAUAAUCGACCUGAUCGUCUUGAGGACAGUGUUAUGUUUUGGAAUAUAAGGAGCAAUGAGCGUGUUAUUCGCCACAUUCGUGGUCUAUUCCACAUUGACUCCUGCAAAGAUGCUUGUAUGAUUGUUAACUCGCCAGAUGAUGGACGUCACUCUAUUGUUGAACUUGUGAAUGCCAUCGGGAGUCCAAUGGAGACUCGUAUGUUAGAGAUGGUGCCACUCGUCUGCGGUAUGAACUCCUCUCACAUGGUUGUUGCAGAUGAGGAGAAUAUUUACGUUUGGCAGUUUCGUGAUCCAAGCGUCGUUGUGGACGCACUUGAUCCCAUUUCAGUGCAGGCAAGUCGCCGUGAAACACGUGAUCGUGUGGUCCAUGUGGAUGAGAUUGUGCGUCCUGAUACCCCAGCGACAUUAAUUGGUCACACCGCCGUGACGAAUGAUCUUGUAUGUGCGCUUUGUGUGAGUGAGGAUUUUCUAUUUGUAGCACGUGAAUCUGGUCUGUUACAGCUAUAUCGCUUUGCUCCACUGCAUCUCGUUGGUAAGAUUAUUUUACCAGUCCGUGUACAGUUUAUGGCAGCUAAUGUAAACUCAACACGACUCGCAGUGGUGGACCUCGCCGGUGUCUUGGCAUUGUUCCACAUAGAUCCUGAGAAUCUCUCACUUGUGCCCCGCAAAAUAGCGCCACAACCGAACUUUGAGCGUAAAGAUGUAUGGAAUAUUCAAUGGGCACAAGAUGAUCCUGAGCAACUUGUUGUAUUGGAGAAAUCUCGCAUGUACAUUUUCCAUGGCACGGAGGCGGAGGAACCGGUACACUCUAGUGGGUACAUCUGCAAAUUUAGAUCUCUAAAGGUUCGCGCUCUGCAGCUAGAUGAGUUGAUGCAAGAUCCAGAGAGGCCUCGUAAAGAGUAUAUUGUUGAUUACGAAACACGUGUACUACGUGAUGCCAGACAGGUAAUUCAAAAUGUCUCAAUGAAGGAAGCCUUUAUGUUUAUUGAUGAACAUCCACAUCCAAAGCUAUGGGAAUUGCUUGCAGAACAAGCUCUCUCACAACUUGACUUUGACCACGCGGAAGCAGCUGUUAUUCGCUGCAAGGACUACCCAGCGAUACAGUUUGUUAAGCGUGUAAAAAUGUUAGAUGAUCCACAGAAACAACGAGCAGAGAUUCAUGCCUUUUAUCAUCGCUUUGAUGAAGCAGAAAAGAUAUACAAGGAGAUAGACCGUAAAGAUCUUGCACUUGAAUUACGCUAUCGUAUUGGUGAUUGGUUUCGUGUUGUCCAACUUGUGCAAGAAGGUGGAGGUGAUGAAUCACAUAUGCAGAAAGCAUGGGAAAAUAUCGGUGAUUACUAUGCCGACCGACAAAAAUGGACCAAAGCGUCACAAUACUACACACAAUGUCGACAAUUACACAAACUUGCUCAUAUAUUUUUUCUACUGGAGGACUAUGAACUUCUCGCACAACUUAUCACUAACGCUGAACAUGAUAAGGAAUUACUUCUAAAGAUUGGUGAAAUGCUGCUUGCUGUUGGUCUCGGUGAUGAAGCCUCACGGGCAUUUCUUGCAGCUGGCGAACCGCGACUUGCUGUUGACGGUUGUGUGCAGCUGCACAUGUGGGAUCGUGCCAUGUCUAUUGCCGAGUCACACAAAAUCACCGAUGUUGCACCUCAGCUUGGGCGACAGGCCGCACGUCUUGUUGAGAGCGAACGUCUACCAGAGGCAAUUGAGUUAUACCGCAAGGCCGGACAACACGAUGAGGCGGCGCGGCUUCUUGCACGGUUGGGACAACGCUCCGCCGCGACGGAUCCGCUGCGUGCAAAGAAGUUCUACGUUCUCUCAGCACUUGAAAUUGAGAAGUAUCGGCGGAAGAAGAUGACACUUAGCGGUGAUGGUGCGGCGGCGGUGGAUGCACUACUAAACGCAGAGCAAAAAACAACAUCAGAGCGUACAUUAGACGCUGCUUGGCGAGGUGCGGAAGCAUUUCACUUCUUUUUACUUUGCCAACAACACAUCUUGUGUCGCAAUCUCCCAUACGCACUUAAUGCGGCAAUGCGGCUCAUGGACUAUGACGACCUCAUCAGUCCGGUUGACAGCUACAGUCUCAUUGCACUUACAGCCUACCUGGCGAAGAACUUCAGUAUCUGCAGCAAGGCUUUUACCCGCCUUGAGGCAGCAGAACAGUUAGAUGCGCAGCAGGAACUGCAACAAGAGGGUGGACCAGUCGCAGCUGGACAGUUACAACUCAUUGAUUUGACAUUGGACCUUGAUGUUACCAACAGAACACGACCUGCAAACAGAAACACCAAAGGCCUUACUGGGGGCACUACCCGACUUGAUGGUACAACAACCUCUUUACAGCUUACAAACCCAUCAAAGGGCAUGGUAACCGCAACACAGUUUACCUAUCCAACUGUCAGUUUGAAAGAACCACGACGCCGAUUUGCUGACCUCGCUGUAAAGAUCUUUACGCAGUACAAACCAGAGGACACAUCUGUGGAUCGCGUAAAGUGUCCCAAAUGCGAAGCCUUUAAUAAGGAGUGGGCGUCGUGCUGCAUUCGUUGUCAACAACCAUUCGGUGUUUGCAUCUUUUCUGGUCGUUGCAUAGUCUCAGAUGACUUCUGGCAGUGUUCAGUUUGUCACCACCGCAUUAUUGAGGUAGAUGCUGAUCGUUUCCGCAAUUGCCCAUUGUGCCACACACCAAUAAAACAGCGGUCGCAUGGUAGAGGUGGAGAAAAUACGCGAGGAGACGGAGUUACGUUGGGAUACGAGAUGUAA